CGCCCUGCUGCUUUGGUCUUGGUGAGCAACUGCCGCGCGUUCUGCUUCUGGGCAGCGCGAGUUAAAAGAACCCAGGCGAGGUCCUAUUCAUGCUGUUGACGCCGAUACCUCUCUCCUGGAGCUUGAAUCGGAAGCAGAGUAGUCUUUGUCGUCUCCGUGGUAGCAGGGUUCCUUCCUGAAGUCGCCAGAGUGCUUUAGCAUCCAUUUCUCCUCCUUUGAGCUCCGAAACCCUGGGAGACAGGAAAAACAGCUAUCAUCUUAUGCCAAGAUGUCAGGAAUUGGAAAUAAAAGAGCAGCGGGAGAGCCAGGCACAUCCAUGCCUCCGGAGAAGAAGACAGCUGUCGAAGAUGCAGGGACCACAGUGGAAACAAUUAAGUUAGGGGGUGUCUCUUCAACGGAGGAACUAGACAUUCGAACACUGCAGACGAAAAAUCGCAAGCUGGCAGAAAUGCUGGAUCAGCGGCAGGCCAUUGAAGACGAGCUCCGCGAGCACAUUGAAAAACUGGAGCGACGGCAGGCCACCGAUGACGCCUCACUCUUGAUUGUCAACCGGUACUGGAGUCAGUUUGAUGAAAACAUCCGUAUCAUCCUUAAGCGUUAUGAUCUGGAACAGGGUUUGGGAGACCUGCUAACAGAAAGGAAAGCCCUGGUUGUGCCUGAACCAGAACCGGACUCAGACAGUAAUCAGGAACGCAAAGAUGACCGAGAGAGAGGGGAAGGGCAAGAGCCAGCUUUCUCUUUCCUUGCUACUUUGGCCAGCAGUUCCAGUGAAGAGAUGGAGUCUCAGCUGCAGGAGCGUGUGGAGUCUUCCCGCCGAGCCGUAUCCCAGAUUGUGACCGUCUAUGAUAAGUUGCAAGAGAAAGUGGAGCUCUUAUCCCGGAAGUUAAAUAGUGGAGAUAAUCUGAUAGUAGAGGAAGCAGUACAGGAGCUGAAUUCCUUCCUUGCACAAGAGAACAUGCGGCUGCAGGAAUUGACAGACCUCCUUCAGGAGAAGCAUCGCACCAUGUCUCAGGAGUUCUCCAAGUUGCAGAGUAAAGUGGAGACAGCUGAGUCACGAGUAUCUGUCCUGGAGUCCAUGAUUGAUGAUCUGCAGUGGGAUAUUGAUAAAAUUCGGAAGAGGGAACAGCGACUUAACCGACACUUAGCUGAAGUCCUAGAACGGGUGAAUUCAAAAGGUUAUAAGGUGUAUGGAGCAGGGAGCAGUCUCUAUGGUGGCACCAUCACUAUCAACGCCAGGAAGUUUGAGGAAAUGAAUGCAGAGCUUGAGGAGAACAAAGAAUUGGCUCAGAAUCGUCUCUGUGAGCUGGAGAAACUUCGGCAAGACUUUGAGGAAGUCACUACACAAAAUGAAAAGCUGAAGGUGGAAUUGCGGAGUGCAGUGGAGGAAGUGGUUAAGGAAACUCCAGAAUAUCGCUGCAUGCAAUCACAGUUCUCCGUCCUGUACAACGAGAGCCUACAGUUGAAAGCACACUUGGAUGAGGCUCGGACCCUGCUUCACGGCACCAGGGGAACCCAUCAACGCCAGGUCGAGCUCAUUGAGCGAGAUGAAGUCAGUCUUCAUAAGAAGCUGAGGACCGAAGUUAUCCAGCUGGAAGAUACACUGGCCCAAGUCCGCAAGGAGUAUGAAAUGCUGAGGAUAGAGUUUGAGCAGACACUCGCUGCCAAUGAACAAGCAGGCCCCAUAAACCGGGAGAUGCGCCACCUCAUCAGCAGCCUCCAGAAUCACAAUCACCAGCUGAAAGGGGAGGUCCUAAGGUAUAAGCGGAAAUUGAGAGAAGCCCAGUCUGACCUGAACAAGACACGUCUGCGUAGUGGCAGUGCCCUCCUGCAGUCUCAGUCUAGUACCGAGGACUCGAAGGACGAGCCUGCAGAGCUAAAGCAAGACUCUGAGGACUUACCUGCCCAGUCCUCAGCAUCAAAGGCAUCUCAGGAGGAUGCCAAUGAAAUGAAGUCCAAGCGGGAUGAAGAAGAACGGGAGCGAGAAAGGAGGGAGAAAGAGAGGGAGCGAGAAAGAGAACGGGAGAAGGAAAAGGAGAGAGAGAGAGAGAAGCAGAAACUGAAAGAGUCAGAAAAAGAGAGAGAUUCUGCUAAGGACAAAGAGAAAGGCAAACAUGAUGAUGGAAGGAAAAAGGAAGCAGAAAUUAUCAAACAGCUGAAGAUUGAACUCAAGAAGGCACAAGAGAGCCAAAAGGAGAUGAAACUGUUACUAGACAUGUACCGCUCUGCCCCAAAGGAACAGAGAGACAAAGUGCAGCUGAUGGCGGCCGAGAAGAAGUCUAAGGCAGAGUUGGACGAUCUAAGGCAAAGACUCAAGGAUCUUGAAGAUAAGGAGAAGAAAGAGAACAAGAAAAUGGCUGAUGAAGAUGCCUUGCGGAAGAUCCGGGCAGUAGAGGAGCAGAUAGAGUACCUGCAGAAGAAGCUGGCCAUGGCCAAGCAGGAGGAAGAAGCUCUGCUCUCUGAGAUGGACGUCACCGGCCAGGCCUUUGAAGACAUGCAGGAACAAAACAUCCGCUUGAUGCAGCAGCUGCGGGAGAAAGAUGAUGCAAAUUUCAAGCUCAUGUCAGAGCGUAUCAAGUCCAAUCAGAUCCAUAAGUUGCUUAAAGAAGAGAAGGAGGAGCUGGCAGACCAGGUUUUGACUCUAAAGACUCAGGUUGAUGCCCAGUUACAGGUGGUGAGGAAACUGGAAGAGAAGGAGCAUCUGUUACAGAGCAACAUCGGCACAGGGGAGAAAGAGCUGGGCCUUCGCACCCAGGCCUUGGAGAUGAGUAAACGCAAGGCAAUGGAGGCAGCCCAGCUUGCAGAUGAGCUCAAAGCACAGCUGGAGUUGGCCCAGAAGAAACUCCAUGAUUUUCAGGAGGAGAUUGUGGAGAACAGUGUCACCAAAGAAAAGGACAUGUUCAAUUUCAAACGCGCCCAGGAGGACAUCUCUAGACUUCGAAGGAAGCUGGAGACCACUAAGAAACCAGACAAUGUACCCAAAUGUGAUGAGAUUCUGAUGGAGGAAAUUAAGGAUUACAAGGCACGCCUGACCUGUCCAUGCUGUAACAUGCGUAAAAAGGAUGCCGUGCUCACCAAGUGUUUUCAUGUUUUCUGCUUUGAAUGUGUGAAGACACGCUAUGACACCCGCCAGCGCAAAUGUCCCAAGUGCAACGCUGCUUUUGGUGCCAAUGAUUUUCAUCGCAUCUACAUUGGUUGAACCCAGUUAAGAGAAGAACAGUAGGUGGCUAGACGCGCACUUACUCCUUAACCACCAAGCCUCUACCUCCUCUCUCCUUGCGACACCUCCAGGACAGUUUUCCUGUCAGCUGCCCUUCCUCCACAGACUUUCCCGCCCAGGCCCUCGUCCUCCGCAGCAGCGGGAUAACAUUAGUGGAGAGGGCUGCUGAAUGCAAGCCUGGGGCUUUAGAAUGAAUUAGAAACAAACAGCUCUUAUGUGACUUCCCCACCAGCUUUGCUCAUUUCCUGCCUUUAGACUUUUCAACAUUUUCUUUUUCUGGCCCACAGUACCCGCUCCUCCUGAAGAAGUCAGGAUGGUAUUUGUGACAUGGAGAAGGGAACAGAGUGGAAACAUGACUAUUUGGGGAGAGUGACCUUUUAGAAAUAAGCUAUCCAUUGGACACAGUCUUUUCUUGAUUCAGAUUAUAAACUUUUUGUAAACUUGGAUUAUAAAAUGGUAUAAUUGUGCCACUCUUUCCUGGAUGGUUUGAAGCCCUAAUGAAAUUAUGUCCAGGAUGAUUCAAAACAUUUUCUAUUUACUGGCAGAGUAACUUGGUAAGAUCAGCUGGCUUCCUUGUUAAAGUUAUUUAAAUUUUGAAUGUUCUACUUAAAGUCUUUAAAAUUUCUUGAUUCCAGAAUAAUUUCAAAUAAUAUGCAUGCAGAGCCUCUUUUGUCUAUUAAUGAAAUGAAGAUUGGAGAGAUUGGGGAACAGGCCUGAGGUGGUAAAGAGGUCUUAUGGGUACUUUGGGAACUGGAUACAGAGAUGCCUUAGUGACUUAUGAAUUAUUCUUAUCUUCUUUCCACAGGGGUUUUUGUAAUCCCUAUUUCCAGGAGAUUGUCUGUGAUAUUUCUGUAGGACUUUAUAUUCUACAAGCUUCAAUUAAAGCAGGAUUCAUUGUGC